GCAUAUCAUAAACCCCUACCCCUUUAGCGUCACACUUCGACACAAACAAGCUUGCUAUUUGGUGAAAACAUUCGCGAAAUGAUGCGAUUCGCUUUCGACAACGAAUACGUUUUCGCCCUUCCUCGCUUCAUCAAACCAACCUCCCGUACGAAUAGCACACGAACAGACUCGACGCUGAUCAGCAUUGUUGGCUGCUCCUUUUCGCCGUUGAGCUGUUGUGUUCCAGCCAAGCCUGUCUUUUCAUCGCUUUCGAUGCUUUUCGAUCACCUUAUCGCGAAGCAUCGAAGGCUGGAAACGUUAUUGGUGUGGUGUCGGUACAUGCGAAUGUUGCUUCUGUGUGCGUGUCGAGCGUUCGUACCGUAGCUUCUAAAACCAACCCAUUCGGCUGUUCGGGUGAGCAUGUGGCGGUACUGACAGAUGUGUUCAAAAUCGUUUAUGAGUUACAUCAUGUUCGUUUUGCCACCUCUUUGCCUAUGAUCAUCGCUGAACUGUACACUGUUCAAUCACAAGCGAUAAAAAUACUUUUGAUAAGUUGAUUGAGCAUUCGUGAGGUGAUAAUUUGCAUCAUUGGUCACAAAAUCUCAAAUACCCCCCCUUCCCCCAAAAAACUACGUCUUUUUAUGGAUGCUCUCUAACGGGCAAUAAGUAAGCUGGCUAUUCUGAUAUAUUAUAAUGAAUUUUAACUUAGGACUAGUUCUUCACUUGCGAAAAACGGUAGAAUACAUUGCGAGGUCCAGCGGCCAUCAACGGGAAUGAUUUUCAUGUGGACAUGUGACAUAAUUGAUAGUGGAGCCCGUAAACCCUACAAUGUUUGAUUCCAGAGUAGUGAAGAUAAUGUUGUUUCAGCCUUAGGCUGGUUCAUCUCUUAAAUAUUUGUUACAUAAUAAGACAGAAUAAUUGUUAAAUGUGUUUGUGUUAUAAAUUCUAUAUUCGUGCAUUCUUUGUGACACAUGUUUUAUUUUAACUUGUAAAUAUUCCCCGUGUUUUAGUACACAUUUAUAGGGUUCUGGCAGAACAGAGGCCCAUGAAAUGCAACCCAAUUUUGAUUGCCAACUAUCAGGCCAUUUCGGGCAGCAGUUAAGUACUGGAGAUGUAAAUCUUUCCCUGGCACGGACUUCAAGUUAUAAAGCUCUAGUGAUGAAACCCGAACUGGGGUGCUCGAUUAGGAUAAGUUUUCCUAGACAAAAACAAGCUAUGACAGCAGCAGCAAUGAUUGUAAACUAAACGGCAAACUGCCAAAUAAAAUACAAUUCCAGGAUUGAAUGAUCGACCCAAACCAAUAAUUGAAACCUCGUCAUCCUGUGGAGGUGUUAUCCAUCUGGAUAACAGGGCAUAUUUGUGUUCUGUGUUGUGCUGCGUCCAUUUGUGAUGUUUCUAAUUUGUGCAUUUGUAAGGUUCUAUGUAUCGUGAUGUUUUAAUCCUUCAUAAUAAUGAAUUUUUAUUUUAUUUCUGAAACAAUAACCUAGAUUACUCAAUCCAUGCACCAUGGAGGUUCUGCUGGUUCUUCUUCCAUUAGCUAGAAGACUAUAUUUGUGACGAGUACCAGUGAAAAUUAUCGAUGAUUUGCAAAAUGAUAAAUGUUAGAAAAAAAAAACUUCUAGCAUUAAAAAUAGAAAACUUGUCACAUAUUUUUAACUACUCUCAAAGGGUUGAGAUAUGGAAAGUUACCAUAUAUUCAUAUAUUUUCCAGCACAACUGCUCCACUUGAUUGUAGAAAAAGUCCCAGAAAAAAAGUUUAAAAACAAAGAAAAUUGUUGUGCCUUGAACCGAGGAAUUACCCUCUCAUACAGGCUUACUUAUGUUAAACAAAAAUGACAAUUACUAUUACAACUAUAAUACUAAUAGUAAUUAAAACAACGGACGCUAUUGCAACCAAUUACUCAUAUAUAAAUCAACGUUUGCCAAUAGUGCAAACCGUGCAACAACACCCAAACCCAGACAUUGCAGUAAGCGUGUUUUCAUAAGUGAUCCCUUCCUUGCCCAGUUUGAUGUAUCAGGGUGUGACACCGCUUGGAUUAGAAAAGCAAAACCUUGGAAGGUUUUACGAUCCAUAGUACUUAACACCGCAUCUAGGUCAUGUCCACGAGCCCACAGAAAAUUCUUAGGCAAAACCAUUUUGUAAUUUUAUAGUAUUGCCAUUGUUCAGUCCGCAAGGCGCACUGAAUGAAGAAAUUAUGACACCGAUGUCCAUUGUACUCCCACUUCCCUGUCGUAUGUCCGUUGUGCCCCACUUUCCCCCGAACGACUGUGAGUGCACGCCUUGGAACGUUCGAGAUGGCUACCUCCAUCCCUGCUGGCAAGCGAGAGAGAGCGUACGACGAUACAACGACCGUGACGACGACGAAGCACUUGCGACGAACGUCGAGAGAGAGAGAUCCCACGGAGAGCGUGAGUGACCCGAUCAACCGAGAGCAAGAGAGCUACCGUAUGCGACGUGCCUGGCCCGCGCUAUCAGCAACCGAAUACCGUCAUCAUCAUCAUCACCACUCGAUACGCCUAGAAUGUUCCACGUGAUUCUAGAGCGCAUCGGAGCCAGCUAUAAAUAUGCGCGUGUUGCGCAGUUUCGGGAACAGUUUUAUUCGAACCGGCUAACGUUCGACAAGUAGAGAAUAAAUAUAUUUAGUUAUUCAGAAGCAAUUCUUCCUGGCUUUACUUCUCCCUUUCCCUUCCCUUGGGAUUGAGGUAAUAGAACUCUGACCAGAGUUCUAUCCGCCGUUGGAGUAGAGGUGCUGGCAGUCGAGGCUGUUCCAGUCCACCACCAUCCAAGUAAGGUCACGGGGACUUUGCAGCCUGCGGGCAUCUCUGGGAAGGAGUUCCCUACCGCUCCUGCUCCCAACUGGCUCCGUCUCUGCGGGGACGCGAGCAUAUCCACUUAAGGAGUUGAGGUGCUGACAGCCGACCGAGGCUGUUCCAGUCCACCAGUUUCGAGGUGAAGUCACAGGGACUUCACAGCCUGCGGGCAUCCCUGGGAAGGAGCUCCCUACCGCUCCUGCUCCCACCUGGCUUCGUCUCUGCGGGGACGCGAGCACAUCCGGUGAGGCCAAACCGGCCAAUAGCCAGCCUCAUCCCCAAACCCAAACACCCUAUACAGUCCACUGUGGUAAGUAACACAACAAUUUUUGGUCCUUCGAGCCGGAUACAUGAUCCGGUAGUGUGUACAAGCGUUCCGUGUGGCUUCAACAACACGGUAGUGUGUAAUCCAAGAAGCGUUCCGCGUGGCUUCGACAACGCGGCAGUGAGUAGCUACAGAAGCGUGCACGUGGCUGCAACAGCGUGCAGUGUAGUGAAGAAGCGUUCGCGUAGCUCAAUAACGCGAGAGUGUGAUCCCAGAAGCGUUCACGCGGCUUCGACAGCGUGAAGUGAAAGCGUCAGCGUGGCUUCAACAACGCUGCUUUUCGAAUCGUGGUCGUGGCUUCAGUGAUUCCGCCGUCGCGUGCAGUGUUGUAUCCGUCGCAGCCGAUCCCGUGUGUGAUACCAUCCCUCCGUUGCGGCACACGCGUCGGUACCUGUGAACCAGUACUAUACCCAGUGAGAAGUGUAACAGUAGUGCGUGUACUUUCGAACUGAUUCCACCGUCACGAAGUGUGUUGAUCCGUCGCUUCGGAAUCUUUGUGUGCGAUUCUAUUCCUCCGUUGCGACAAACGUGCCGGUACCUGUUGGCCUAAUCAGUGAACAGUAGUGCGUAACAUUCCGUCAGUGAUUCCACCGUCGCGUAGAGUGUUCUAUCCGUCGCUUCGGAACCCUCGAGAGAUUCCAUUCCUCCGUAGCGACAGACGCGUCGGUAGCUGUGGAUGUACAUAUCCGUGAAGUGACAAGUGUUUUAUUCUAGAAGCGUCCACGUGGCUUGGACAACGUGGAGUGUUCCCCUGACGCGUAGUGUGUGCAUCCGUCGUCUCGGAAACGACUUCCGUUGCGGCAAACGCGUCGAUUACCGUGUGUGUAUUUCGUGAAGAGUGUGUUAUUCUAGAAGCGUCCACGUGGCUUAGACAACGUGGAGUAAUUCCGCCGUCGCGUAGAGUGUGUUUCCAUCGCUUCGGGAACGCCAUCCGUUGCGACAACGCGUCGGUCUCCCGAUAAAUCAAUCCGCCGUUGCGUAGUGCGCUGAUCCGUCGCAUCGAAACUCGUGUGUGCUAUAUCCCAUCCGUUGCGAUAACGCGUCGAUCACCUGUGAAGAAUAGUUUCGCCGGCGCGUAGAGUGUGAUUUUCGUCGCAUCGGGACUAGUAGUGCGAUUCCAUCUCACCGUUGCGACAAGCGCAUCGGUGGCCAGAGAAAAAAGAGAAAUCGUGAGAAACGCGAAGAGUGCGUCGGCACCUGUAACGUGAUCGUGAAGUGCUGUGAAGAACAAGUCCAUCGAGAAGAGUUCCAAGAUGUUUCUGAAACGUACUACAAUGAAGAAGGUCUCGGACACUAUUGAGAACGACAAGGUACUUGAGGCGCUGUUCCACAACCGUGGAAUGGCACAUCGAAAUGUGGACAGAAUCCGGACAAACCUCAAGCAAGCCGACGCAGAUAACGAUCAGUUAACCCCAGCUAGAGUGCGAGUAUACCAACGAAGUGUUCAGAAAUCCUACGACGAGUUCACCCGGCUCCACCACCAGAUCAUCGCCCUGUCCUCGCCAACCCAGCGCGAGGAGCAAGACGACUAUUACUUUGGAUUCUUAGACCUCUACGAAGAAGUCUCUAUCUUUCUCGAGAGUUGGAUGGAGAGGUUUGCAUCAAUACCACAUGUGCAGCCAUCGCCUACCAUGAACCAGCAGCCGAAGAUAAUCCAAUCUCCGCUCCAGCGUGCUCUACCAACACUCGAAGUACGGUAUGAGCAUUCCGAGAAGUUCGAGGAUGUGGUCGACAUGAUCAGCGAACGAGACCACACAAACCUUUGCCAACUAGAGAAAUCAUCGACAGACCACACCACCGGUCUGAAUGAAGUUAACACCAUCACCGACUGCAACUACGCACGAGCCUGUAAACAACCGAACGAGCGCAGUACCAUCAAUCGAGGUCUGUCUCUAAACGACAAGAACAGAAUGCCGUGUGAGUCGACGAUCAUGAAAGCAGAGUUACCCAUGUCCAGCGAGACCAUCGAUUCCCCGGAAGAGCGCGUGUCUGAGCUGAAGACAUGCCAGUCAUCCGGCGAGAAUAUCCAGCCCAAGCAUCGACCACCAACCAAGCCGAAUCCGCCGAAGCAUCCAGUGCCAAAUCUAACCGUCAGCUACAGGAUUGAGACGAUACAACCACCAGAGGAUAGCAGCGAAAUGAACCAUCCCGAGAAUCAACCAAGCCAAGUUCCUGAUCCAGCGCCAGAUUCAGCUCCGAGUCCAGUUCCAGCGUGUACACCAAGUCAACCUUCAGUCUCAGUUCCAGCGUGCACUCCAGUUGGUGUUCCUAUCCCAGUUCCAUUAUGUCAGCCAACGAGCGAUGAUGCGUCCAUCAAUGCCGCUCAUUCCCGUAUUCCAGCAAGGUCGACGAUCCAAGUGUUCCAAUUCACCGAUAUCGUCAACGUUUUGGAUCAGACUCCGUUGCACCCGUGUAGGGACCAUUAUGAUUGCGGUUCGGUGAGUAUUCCGUUAACCGGUAUUGGUACUGCUACAUCCACCAUUAGUCAAACGUGUACUGUCCCAGUUCGCUCCAGAAGUAAUAACUUAGCGUCCAGCCUAGUUUUGCCCAAACCAGCCGGACUAUUUCCUUCCUCCACUGUUGUCGAUUCAUCGAACAUCUCGUCAGGUUUUCAUCUCAAUUACAUGAAGUUGUCUGAACAAUUUCCCUUGCUACGAGAUUCCCAUUGUGAUUGGCUGGUAGGAGAAACCUACCGAGAGAGUCCGAAUACUGAAUCCGACUUGCAAUCGUUCCCCUCGUGUGUGUAUCUUGCUGAAGUUCUGUACAAGUAUCAAGAAUCGAAACAUGUCGCAGCUAAGCUAGUUCCAACCACUACCGUAGAAAGGUCUGAUCAGUAUUCUCUGUCCACUUACCCUCGUAUUGAACCCGUUGUUCGUGUCGAUCCAUUACUAUUGAUAGACUAUGUCGAUCAUCUGCCAGAAUUCCAAUCUUUGCUCAACGAUUUUUCGAUGCUAACAGUAUGCCAUCAUAUCCUCUUUGAUGAUACGAUUCCCCCAAGUGACAUUCCCGAUAUGCCUGUCAGAUUUGAUAUACGCAUGAGUGUUCCAAAUAAUCUCUGUUCACAGUCACGAGAAGCGAAUGUCACAGACUGUCCAUAUCCCAAGAUAAAAUCCCUAAAAAAAUCUGAAAGAAUUGUUACCAACGACUCGCGAAAGAUUCUCGAUCUUCGUGUAAAGAAUAACCGAAAGGUAUCCAUCCCAGCGAUAGACAGAAUUCGUCACGAUCAAUUGCCUUAUAAUGCCAAACUGUGUCGCAUUCUUCUUGAUAAAAACAUGUGAGUUGACCCCCCAUAUCUCAAUCAAACAAGAGAAAGAAUCUCGUCUGUACUGUACAUAGCUUCUACAAACCCUGAAAUAUUGAUUCGUACUCAUUUAGUGUUAGUUCGUUCUUAUUUUACCAUUACCAAAUCGUCAUACUUUAAAAUCGAAACCAUUAUCCAAAUAUAUGUGUAUAACUGUGCACUAUGCUGCUUUAUACCAGUGUGCCCCAGAGUGAACAAGUUUAAACGUACACAAUGUAGCACCAUUACCAAUACUUGAGUUUUGUUUCCUCUUAUCCAAACGUUGCGGUGACUACACUUGCCGGCGGGAGAAUGUUCAGUCCGCAAGGCGCACUGAAUGAAGAAAUUAUGACACCGAUGUCCAUUGUACUCCCACUUCCCUGUCGUAUGUCCGUUGUGCCCCACUUUCCCCCGAACGACUGUGAGUGCACGCCUUGGAACGUUCGAGAUGGCUACCUCCAUCCCUGCUGGCAAGCGAGAGAGAGCGUACGACGAUACAACGACCGUGACGACGACGAAGCACUUGCGACGAACGUCGAGAGAGAGAGAUCCCACGGAGAGCGUGAGUGACCCGAUCAACCGAGAGCAAGAGAGCUACCGUAUGCGACGUGCCUGGCCCGCGCUAUCAGCAACCGAAUACCGUCAUCAUCAUCAUCACCACUCGAUACGCCUAGAAUGUUCCACGUGAUUCUAGAGCGCAUCGGAGCCAGCUAUAAAUAUGCGCGUGUUGCGCAGUUUC